UGUUGUUGCUGUUUUGUCUCUUUGUCUUUUACUUGAUCGUUGAUCUUUCGUUCAUUCACUCGUCCGUUCAGUCGGUCGGUCAGUCAAAUGAGUAGCCCGGUGGCUCAGUGGUACAGUAAACACGUCAUACAUACUCAGUGAAAAUUGCGGGUUGUGGGUUCACAUCUCGUCUCCGGGAUACCUAAGUUUGUUCUCUAGAUAUUUCAGAGGUGAACCAACUCGCCGCGAUAUAAACUUCGCUGACUGAGUAAAAUAGAACUAACCAGUUUGUUUAGUCGGUCGGUUGUUUCAGGGAAAGUACAUAAACCUGGUUGCAUCCCUUCCCGUGAUGUUUUCCCUACCUCUGCAGCCCCUAUCUAGUAUUCUGUCCACGCCUGUGAAUCGCAAGCAAGACUUCUGGAACAUCCUGCAACCUCCUGGGUCUUCCUCGGCUUCCAAUGACAAGACCUAGCGACAUGGCUAACCCUGAGUUCUGGAGAUCAUCGUGGUGUUAGACCGAGUUAUUUUCUUUGUCCUUCCUCCUGAUGUGUACAACAGUAUUUGGUUAAAACUCUCGUUCGAUGAUCCACCCAUGUGACUGUUUUGUUGUGACUAGUUCUAUUGAAAACGGUGCUGCCAUUCAUUCUGGCUGCUUCACAUCCGGGUUUCUACAAGAAUGACCAGAGUUCGCGAAAUGCGUGUCUGAAGCAAGUGUCUCGAGGGAUACUCCCGUACAGACGCGAGCUCGACGAGAGCUUUGCUGCGCAGAUGGAAGCUGAUAUGAGCAAAGUGGUUUCCAAGCCGCUAACAGCUCCAGAAUCCAGCUGCGGAGUGCCCUCGGUUGACAAACACACGGAGCUGUAUCUUCAAUGGCGUCGUAAAUAUGUUAGAAAUACGUCCUGGUGUGAUUUUGCUGGAGAAACACACCGGAUGAGGAAGAAAAAAAAUGGACAUUGCUGGGAUCAGCUUGACACUUGUACAACAUUCCGUGAUUAUAGCCUCCUUAUUGGAUCCCUUUAAAAAUAAUUAUUUUGUAUUCAAGAUAAAGCUGCAGAUUAGGGCAGUUGAAGGACAUGUCACUCGGAGCUAGAGCCAUGCGGUGAUCACGUGACCAACGUCUGAGGCAUCGUAUUGGGGGGAAAAGGUGAAGGGGGAUGAAGUGGGGAGCUGAAAAAAUCGGGAUGCAUGAAGUAGCAUUUUAUUUCCGUCGGCUGUCUGUGUCUCCGGAUUGUGAAGUCACGAUUUUGUCUGAAGCUUGACUCGCACGGUGUGACUCGCAGGCGCGACAUUUCCAACCAGCGGAUGCUUUUCCGAUAAUUUACAAUGGGAUUCUUCUUUGUAAAUGACUGUUUCCUUGUACCAAUGAGGAGUUUAUAUAAUUUAGAUAAAAGAAAAUUGAAAAUUAACAACGCCAGAAUUAUAUAAAAUUUGUAACCAGGACAUGCAGGCUGAACUAACAUGCAUCCCCGCUCCUGUUGCAAUCUAGGCAGGAAGUAGAUGACAAACUUGAAAAAAUAAAUUUUAUGUGUGUGAGAGAGAGAAAGAAAAAAACCUCUUCUAAAGAAGGUAAGCUGUAUUAAAAAAAAAAACACGAAGGUGCAGACAAACAGGUCGAUGUCAGGGGACAAAUCACAGGCAACAUCUGUGGCCAGAAUAAAGAGGAACACGAAAAAAAUAAAAAUAUAAUCAGCGUAUUAAUAUCCAAAGUGUAUAGGAUGUUAUUUACAAUAGAAUAUUCUGUGUAGGAUAUUAUUUACAAUAGAAUAUUCUAAUCGUAAAAAAAAGAACAUCACGCACACACAGACAAACAUACUGUUAUUUUACGACAUGUGGGCAGACAAGCUCGUGUCACAACUUGCAGAUGUUAAAGUUUCAGUGUCGUGCAUCUUGAUCUCGCCCUGUGUUGCUGAGUGUGAAUGCAGCUGAAACCUGAAACCUACCCCCGGGUGGCGCUGCUCCAUCUGCUGCUGAUCGAACAACCAGUCAGUGAGAGACACGCUCAACCCGCGCGAGUAACCUUUCGUGCAGGUCUCCACAAAUGUAACAUCGAAAUUCCGUGCUUCCCGUCCUGGCGGUGGGAACGCCCGAGAAUCGGUCUCUUUGUCAGCCUUCCCCAUGUAGACAGAAAAGUCAAUCACCAGGCCACACAAAAGGGUUAACGCCCGACAUCUACACACGGCACUUGGUCUUGAUAUUUAGUUUAGUCCUCGUUAUUCUUCACGAGAUUCCAGAAACAGUUCAUUGAUUUCCAAACAUUAUUCCUUUCGAUCAGUUUCAUUGCCAUGUGGUUCUUAUUUGGAUAGUCUGAAUGAUAUCUUAGAGCCAUAAGGGAUAUUUAAGUUUUUGAAGACUAAUAUAACACCUGUAACGCUUUCUAUGUGUUGACCUAAAAAAAAAUCUAAUGUAGGUCAUGGAAAAAAACAAUUGUUCAGAUUUUUUUUUUAAAUCAGGAACGUGAGGACUGAAUUAAUGUAGCUUGAUUGACCUGUAAACGAAUCUCAGGAACGUGCAGAUUGAAUUAAAUGAUCGAUACUGAUGUCCUGUUAAUAGUUUAAAGGACAAACACUCAUCAGAGACCUAGCUCCGUGUUAACACCUGGUGAAGUGUGGAAGUAUCCCCAGUGUCCCAGCUUUAGUGCUACAGUGAACCCGACUCACUGAGGCAAACAUGGGAAGCUUCGGAGGUCACGCCUUGCCCGGCUCCAUCUUCUUCUUGUUCGGAGCCUGGUGGACGGUGCAGGUCUUCCGGCGCUACUUCCUGUGUCGCAAGACAGGCAAGCGCUUCCACUCCACGGCCACCUUCCCCUGCGGCUGCUGCUCCGGACCGCGCAUGCGCACAUUUCCAGUGGAAGCUGUCGUCAAGAUGUCCCUCUGUGUCGUCGGCAUUAUCGUGGAGUUUAUUGGAGGUUUCGACAGUUCCGGACACUUUACUUCCGCCGGAAAUGGCCAGCACAUCACCAUGUAUUUCUUCUACCUCCUGACUGGAGUCUUCGACAUCCUCGUCUACAAGGACGUGGCCCCCGCGGGCGCCGACUACGCCUCCAUCAUCGUGGCCCUGCUGGUGGAAGGUGCACUGUUCAAGUUCCACCUGUUCGGGCGCAGCUCCCUGGACAUCCUCCUGCACACGCUUCUGCUCUACGUCAUCGGCAUCUCCAUCUUGGUUGUGGCCGCUGAGGCAGCGUACCGGAAGUCGCCCGUGCUGCCCAUGCUGAGGGCGCUGCUGACGCUGCUGCAGGGCACGUGGUUCUGGGCCGUGGGGACCAUCCUGUACAAUCCGGUCCCCGGAGCCGAGAAAUGGGAGCAGGAGGACCACCACGCCCUCAUGCUGGCCGUCAUCUGCUUCUCCUGGCACGUGGGUAUCCUCCUCCUCCUCAUGAUGACGGUGGGCGCCAUCAUCGGCUGCUGCUAUCGACGAAGCUCCGCCUACUACUCCACCCUCGGUCACGUGCCGCUCAACAAGCUGCGUGGCGGCGGCAGCGAUGGUUACGCUGACGACGAUGAUGACGAAGAAGACGAGCUUGGUCUUGAUGAAAAGAAAGCUGCGGAAGCAGGGAAAAGCCCCGUGAAGGUCUACAAAGAUAACGACAAGGGCAUCUCUACUCUCGCUAACAACCACGAGUCCGCCAAUAGCGACCUGGGAUUCGAGACACGUGACCGGAAGUAGUAUUGUUAAUGCACUCGUGACUCUUGGUGUGUUGUUUGGUCAUGUUGAUGGAGAACAUUCAGGGGAAGUAUGAUUCGCAAAACCCUGCCACCCCGUCCAAGAUGCGAGCAGUUCGCUCUGUGUUACCAUGGAAAUCCCGAAGGUUAUCGUUAGCGUUGCACCAAAAAUUUGAUAUGAGUAUAUACUUGUGACAAACCGUUUUAUAGUCAUAUUUGUAAUCUAUUUUUAGAUAUAGUAUACAUGUCAGAAUGUCAUGUGGCUUCUUAAUCAUUAGCUCAAAUGCUCAGCUAGUAAUCUGUUUUGUGUUUGUUGAUGAUGGGAACAAUCUCUUAGAGUUGCAUCAUCGUCGCUCACCUGUCGAUACUGGAGUGAACUGACUUUUCAUGGAACAAUCUUUCACAGCAAUGUAGCUGCUGCCUAAAAUGUCUUUCAAUUCAUGAAACUUUUCCCCCAGUCGGCUCAGCUGGUGGGAAUGGCACCUGACUCCAUAGAGGGUUGGGGAAGGUAAGGCAGUGACGAAAAGGUUAGAGAAUGACCUUUACCCUUUUAAAGUACCAAAAGUACAAACAUUUUCAGUACAGUAGCCAGCAUGGAGGAAUAGGUCAGUCAUCAAACAUCAAACAUCAAACAUUUUCUACCCGUUGCAACACGGUCCGCAAUUGUUCAGCAGUCAGCAAGCAAAGAUCCAAGGGAGACAACCACCAUCAGUCACAAGGUGAAAGGAAGGCAACUGCGCUACUUAUAGGGUUCUGACAUCUCCUGAGGCUUAGCAUGACAUUUUUCUCAGACUCCAAUCAAUACACUGGCUUCAAGUUAAUUACUUUUUGUAUGAAGACUAGACGGUUAUUCUUUUUGUAUUUAAAUUUAAAUAUUUUCUACAAAGCAAGCCUUCAAAUGAUAAUUAUUCCCAUUGUCUCUCCCUCUCCUGCCAUUUAGCAGUAGUUGAGAUAAUCUAUCACAUAAUGACACCGAUGUAAGCAGCUUCACUGGGAGGAAUUGCAAGUUAUUGUUAAGAAUUAAACUGUAAUUUUUUGUUGAUUUCACUUUGACAGAUUUUCUUGCUCUGCGAUGUCAUUUCGUGAAGAACCGUUAGGUUGUAGAAGCAUUAAUGUGAUGUAGGACUGCAACAGCAUGAUUUGCUUUUUUAUUACUUCAUUUUGUAUAAACGACUUUCAUUAUCUAUAGACCAUUAAAUUAACCAGACGGACGAUGAAUAUAUUGAAGCAUAAUAGGAAAGGACUGGAAGGUUGUGAAGAAUAGAGGAGCGACUCUUUGGAAAUUAGUUACAGUUUGUAACCAAACAUUUUAUCAAAGGAACAUUCCAGUCUGUACCGACCUUAAAGGUGUGCGCAUGUGUGACUGUGUGUGUGAUUGUACCUGAGAGAUGGUUGUUGUGUUCUGAACUUUUGUUGUAUAAUCCACUUCUGUAACUCAACCGUGGCAAGGAAGGACGGAUUGAUUGAUGUUUGCGUUCUGAUGCCAGAAGUUACAAAUCAAUGAACAAAUAUUUGUGUGAAUGUCAUGAUUUGUUGCUGUCUUUUGCCGGCUUGUUGACUGUCACUUUGUCACUGACACAUGACACAUUCCGACACACGCACGUAUGCACGCAGAGAAAAUGGUAGAUAACAGGUGAUGACAAUAACAAGCGAUGACAAUAACAGACGAUGACAAUAACAGGCGAUGACAAUAUCAGGCGAUGACAAUAACAGGCGAUGACAAAAAACAGUGCAACCAUUCCAGUUUGGCAGCAACCGACUUCUUGUUGUUUUGAAACAACUUACAUUCCAUUGCUUGUUGUCAAAAUAUUGUCAACAAUUAAAUUAAUGUGGAACAUUCACAGACAGAAUAAAAGCAUCUUUUGUUUUU